GGAGGUGGAGGGUGGAGGGGAGCUGUAAUCAGAUGAUCUGAGGGCUGGAGCUAGUUCACGGUUCAGCAGAGCUUCAGUCAGGACUCGUCUUUUUCUUUGAGAUGGGGGGAAGCUGCCGGAUCAGUAAAGUCUUCAUCGUGAGCGCGGUCUUAACGGUGGCCUCCAUCGCCACCAUCGUCACGUUGUGGACUCUGGCCCUGAGAGACAAAGACGAAGGCACAGCUCCCUGGGACAGGUUUCGUCUUCCCACGGCUUUGGUCCCUGAGUUCUAUGACAUCACCCUGUGGCCUCGACUCAGCCCCGACCCAAACACCGGCCUCUACGUUUUCACAGGUCAUUCUGUCGUACAGUUUGAGUGUGUAGAAGAAACCGAUUUGAUUCUGAUCCACUCCAACCUACUCAACUACACCAAGCUGAACAACUCACACAUCGCCACGCUGGUUAACUCAGAUGGUUGGUCCGCUCCCAGUAUUAAGGUUUCCUGGCUGCAGCCUAAGACUCAGUAUCUGGUCAUCCAGCUGGACGAUGAAUUACUUAAAGGACAGAGGUAUCAGCUGUACACAGAGUUCACCGGAGAACUGGCCGACGACUUGGCCGGUUUUUACCGCAGUGAAUAUGAGGAAGACGGAGUCCGAAAGAUUGUCGCCACCACUCAGAUGCAUCCAACUCACGCCAGGAAGACCUUCCCUUGUUUUGAUGAGCCAGCUAUGAAGGCUGUGUUUCACAUUACUCUCAUCCACCCGCCUGGAACCGUAGCCUUAUCCAAUGGCUUGGAAACAGAUGUUGUUGGCGCCACCUUUGACGGAGUAGCUGUGACACAAACCAGGUUUGAGCCGACAAAGAAAAUGUCCACUUACCUGCUGGCUAUGGUCAUCUCUGACUACUCAUACCUGGAAACCACUCAGGGAGACACUCUGGUGCGUAUCUGGGCUCGGAGGAAGGCCAUUGAGUUGGGACAGGGGGACUACGCCCUCAAUGUGACCGGACCCGUCCUGGACUUCUUCCAGUCGUACUAUAACGUCCCCUACCCCCUGAGCAAGUCUGAUCAGAUCGCUCUCCCAGACUUUUAUUUCGGUGCCAUGGAGAACUGGGGCCUGGUGACGUACAGAGAAACCAACCUCCUCUUUGAGCCGGCCACCUCCUCCAACAGGAACAGAGAGACCACGGCCUCCAUCAUCGCUCAUGAACUGGCUCACAUGUGGUUCGGGAACCUGGUGACGCUGCGAUGGUGGAACGAGGUCUGGUUGAACGAAGGCUUCGCUACGUACGUGUCGUACCUGGGGGCGGACCACGCUGAGCCGACGUGGAACGUGAAAGACUUGAUCGUACUCGAUGACGUCCACAGAGUGUUUGCAGUCGAUGCCUUGAUGUCGUCUCAUCCUCUGUCCUCUGAUGAAGACGACAUCUUCCUUCCUGAGCAGAUCACCGAGCAGUUUGACACCAUCUCAUACAGCAAGGGUGCAGCAGUGCUGAGGAUGCUCUCUGACUUCCUGUCUGAGUCCGUCUUCGUCCAGGGUCUCAGCAGUUACCUCAAACACUUUGCCUACAGUAACACAGUAGCAAGCGACUUGUGGAAACAUCUCCAGACGGCGGUGGACGUCAGCCAUGUUUCACUUCCUCGUCCUGUUGAUGACAUCAUGGACCCGUGGGUGCUUCAGAUGGGCUUCCCUGUGGUUACCAUAGAUACGACCACGGGGACGGUUUCCCAGAGUCACUUCCUCCUGGAUCCAGAGUCGGUCGUCACGACCGAGUCUCCGUUCAAAUAUGAGUGGCUGGUUCCUGUUCGCUGGAUGAAGGCCGGUGAGGUCCAGACUGACAUCUGGUGGCUCCUGGAAAAACAAGCUGUGAACCUGGACAUGCGAAGCAGCGCUGCCUCGUGGGUUCUGGCCAACGUCAACGUUACGGGGUAUUACCGUGUGAACUACGACCUGGGGAACUGGGAACGCCUCUUCAGUCAGCUGGAGUCAGACCACCAGGUCAUCCCGGUGAUGAACAGGGCUCAGCUGGUGGACGACGCCUUCAAUCUGGCCAGAGCUGGACUGGUCUCCACCUCCCUGGCUCUCAGAACCACCUCCUACCUGAGCCUGGAGACGGAGUUCAUGCCCUGGCAGUCUGCUCUGGAUAACCUGCACUACUACGAGCUCAUGCUGGACCAGACCGAAGUCCGCCAGCCCAUGCAGGACUACAUCCAGAAGCAGGUGACACCACUUUUCCUCUACUUCAAGAACAUGACUUCAGACUGGAGCCGGGUUCCUGAUGGACACAUGGACCAGUACAACCAGGUGAACGCUCUGCGUACGGCCUGUAGGACCGGACUGGCCGAGUGUCAGAGACUGAGCUCCACCUGGUUCAAAGAGUGGAUGAAGAACCCUGAGGAGAACCCGAUUCAUCCUAACCUGCGCUCGGCCGUGUACUGCAGCGCCAUGGCAGCAGGAGGCGAGGCCGAGUGGGACUUUGGAUGGCGGCAGUUCAAGAACUCCCCCGUGGCCAGCGAGGCCCAGAAACUCAUGUCAGCUCUGGCCUGCACCACCAACACACAGCUGCUCCAGAGGUUUCUGUCUUACACCUUAAACUCCACAAUGAUCCGUAAACAAGACGCCACCUCCGUCAUCACAGCGGUCGCCUCCAACCGAGCAGGGCAGAGUCUGGCCUGGGACUUUAUCAGAGCGGAGUGGGAGUACAUGUUCACACAAUACGGAGUCGGCUCCUUCUCUUUCUCCUCCAUCAUCACCGGAGUCACAGCCAGGUUCUCCUCUCCGGCUGAACUGCAGCAGCUGGAGGAGUUCAUGGAGGAGCACCGAGCGCUGGGCUUCGGCUCGGCCUCGCUGGCCCUGGAUCAGGCCCUGGAGAGGACCAGAGCCAACAUCCAGUGGCUGCAGCUCAACCAGCAGGAGGUCCUGGACUGGCUCAAGGGGCAGAGCCGGACCAGGACCAGACCAGACCAGAACUAGAGCGGACCAGGACCAGAGCUGUGACGCCACCGUCUAGAUCACACUGGGUUUUACAGAAAUAUUCCAGUCCAGUACUGAGACCGUCUCAGAUGAUCACUACUGCUUCAUCCUGGUGUCGGAUUCCUGCUGUUCCUUUUUAUUCUCCCUGGUUUGUUUCCAGUCACUUUCUCUUUUGUUCUUGGAGUCAAACAUUAGUUUUAUGGUUAGUGAAUUAUUUUCUAACUCAGUCGUUUAUUUUUUAUUAAGGUUUAAAAUUCUGCAUAAUUAAGGGCGUUCCCGCUUUGAGUGACAGGUGGUGGAGAGCUGGGUGGGCGUGUCUCAGUGUCCAGGCUGCUUUAGCUCCGCCCCAAGGUUGAAAAGCCAGUGGGUGACGUCACAGUUGGUUUACCUCAUUCAGUUGAGUUUGUGUUGAGUUUGUGUUGAGAGUCAGAGACCAGAGCUGCAGUUUGUUCCUUUUAUUGAUGAAAAGCUGAGACAUGCAGACAUGCAGUCAGAAGAUAAAAAAUCAAAGCGUCUGUACACGGAGAGAAACAGAAAGAAAGAGCGAACUGGAACAGAAACAUCUCAUUCAUUGAUUGUCAGACUUCUUUUAUGUUAUUUUAUUUUAUUUUCUGAACCAGUCGACAGGAAUGUUUUUUUUUUUUUUCAUGUUCAUUGAUUUAUUUAAUUUAAAUAUUUAAUAUUUCACUGGUCUGUUUUUAACUCAUUCAGCUUCUUAUAAUAAUAAUAAUAAUAAUAAUAAUAAUAAUAACAAUAAUAAUAAUAAUUAUAAUCUGAUUAUUUUAAUAUUAAUCUUGCAUUUAUUCAUAUCUUGGAAAAUAAAAUCUGAGUGAACUUCACUCACUUUGAGUCCUCA